AUGUUGUUCAUGAGUAAUUCAGAGUGGAAGGAUCAAUUGGAGACAUGGGAGAAAGAUAGGAACCAAGCCUUGGAGCAGUUGAUGAAGAGCGUUCGAGAACUAAGUAGACGCAAGUCCCGCAAAACAACCAAGAGCCGCACCAAACGCAACAGGCAACACACAUGUAGCGGCGGGCCCAGUCAUGCAGUGCCGGACAUACACCGGAUCAAAGAACGGUGCGAGGAGCCAAAAUUUCCAUUCAAAUUUCUGAGAUUUUUCGACGAGGAACCAACAUUCUCGUUUGAAUUUCCAGGAUUCUUCGACGAGGAACCCACGUUCUCCAAAAAUAAUGUUACAACAGCCUCAAAGGGCAGCAUUAUCGGGAUUUUGGGAGGUCUGCUCGGCGUUGGCAUAGGAAUCGCGGAGUUUGCUCUUAAGAAAGCUCGGUAUACUGCUCGUCCUGCUGAUUGGAGCUAG